CAGUGCUCAUUUGUAGGAGAGGCUUGUGUGUUGUUGGUAAAAAAACAAAUGGUUGGUCUAACCCCAGUAGGGAUUAUUAUUAGGGGUUAUAUUCUAUUCGUUCAUUAUUUGGCCAACACCAAAAAGUAUUACUCUGUGCCCCGCUCUCCCCUAUGUCUUGCUGGAUGCAUCACAUUGAAGCUGAAUACUUCAAAUAAAUUUAUAUUAUUUCAAUCAAUAUAUGUCAGUUUUGUGGUUUGAGUUUAGCAGAACCCUCUCCAUUACAUUUGUUGUGCUUCUUUGUCUACAGUUGCAUCAAUUUCUAACUGAUUAUGUAUUUAUGACGGCUUUUAAUCAAUUAAUUUAGCAGAGUUUUAUGUAUUCUAUGUGCUUUGCACAUGUCCUCAGUCAUUUGUUUUUAAAAGAAAACAUUGGUUAGUGCAGGGUCUGGUUACCAUAGUGAAGCGUGUUCUGAGAAUAGAACGCAUUCCAAAAGUGAACUGUAAGCCUUGCAGCACAGGAGAAACUCUUGUUGGUUUGUGGUAGUGGCGUUGAGCGGGUGUGUCUUUCGUUGCGAGUCUCCUGUAGUGAUUCUCAGCGAUUAAACAUCGGCCCGUUUGAGUGAUUCACGGUGCAAGACCGAAAUCAUCAUCCAGAUCAGCUACCAAACAAACCCCGAGUUCUUGACAGAAAGUCUGAAAACCAAACUGACGUCAUGAUUGAGCAUCUUCCACUGGGCGUUGACCCCGAGACAUCGGCUGCCAAAAUGGAGAACGACAAGAAGAAGAAAGUGAAAGAGACAAAGAAGAAAAAGAAGAGCAAGGUUGCUUUGUUCACCAGAGCGGCCUUGAGAUGGUUCUGCUUCUCUCCCAGUGAUGAGCCGUUCAGAUUCCCAUCCUCUGAUGAUUAUGAGGUCUAUGAGAAGAGGAUGGUGGAGGAAGAGGAACUGAAGGAGAUGAAGCAGGAGGAAAAGGAGGAGGUGGAGAAAGAGAAGGAGGUGAAAGUGAAAGAGAGGAAGAAGAAGAAAAAGAAGAGCAAGGUUGCUUCGUUCACCAGAGCGGCCUUGAGAUGGUUCUGCUUCUCUCCCAGUGAUGAGCCGUUCAGAUUUCCUUCCUCUGAUGGUAAAUGAUGCUUUUGGCAUCUACAGUAGAUGUUUCAGACUGUAAUGCUGUGAAUCUGGAGUUUACCAUGAAACUGACGGUGUGUAUGUGCAAACUGCAAUCAUCUGUCCUCUAACAGAUUAUGAGGUCUAUGAGAAGAGGAUGGUGGAGGAGGAGGAACUGAAGGAGAUGAAGCAGGAGGAGGAGGAGGUGGUGAUGACGGAGGAGGAGGAGGUUGUGAUGACUGAGAAAGUGAACGAUAACACGAAGGAAGAGAAGACAGAGGAGGAGGUCAAGAAAAGAAAGGAGGAGGAGAUAAGCAGCCAGCUGUCAGAGGAGUUCUGGAGAAUGAAAUUGAGGGAGGAGGAGAAGGAAAGUGUGGUGGAGGAAAAUGAGGAAAUAAAACACAUUGAAAAAGCGGAAGUGGAGGACAUGGAGAAAGACAAAGUGAAGAAGAAGACAAAGAGGAGAAGGAGGCCGAGGAGAAACCGCAGGGUGGAGGAGGAGGUGAAAGGACAGGAAAGUGAGGAGGUGGAAAAGAGCAUGGAGGAGAAAGAGACAAUAACUGACAUCGUAAGAAAGGAGGAGGUGGAGGAGAGGGUGGCGAACAGGAGGAGGAUGACCACAUGGACAGUUGACAGCUUGAAAGAGGAGUUGAACAGAAAGUUCCCGAUACACAAGCAGCACAUGUGGCCCAACAACAGACCUGCCUCCAAGGCCCAGGCUGCACGGCGGGGGAAAAACCGCCAUAUUCUGUUAUGGGGACAGAGAAACGUGUAGAACUCAAUAAAGUUGUGUUGAACAAAA